AUGAGUCUGUGGUGGUCCUUUAGGUGGCAGAUGUUGGUGAUUGCCACCAUAUUCAUGGUGUUUCUCACAAAUCCGGGGAGAUCACAGCCCCAAACAAACGUACUAACCCAAUCUUGCAGCGCAGUCAACGUUAUCAACGACCAAAUUUUCUACAGCAAUCUUCAUGAUACAUAUAGAGACAUCCGUAGACAAUUAUCCAACAAUAACACCUACUUUGCCACCUCAAAUCUGGAAAGUAAUUCGGAGCCGGUUUAUGUGAUGGCUCAGUGCAGGAAAUAUAUGUCGACAAGCGACUGCCUCCUUUGUUUUGAUUUCGCAGCUAGUUCAAUACGUAGCUGUGCCGCGUUCAAUGGUGCCCGAUUAGUACUUGAUGGCUGUUUUCUCAGGUACGAGAGUAGUUCUUUCACCGAUCAAACAACAUUGCCAGGAGAAAAUAAAGUAUUAUGCGGUAAUAGUACUUCAUCGCCACAGACUGUUUUCGAAACUGCUGUGGAUGAAUUAAUGUCCAAUCUUUCUAAAGCGACACCAAACAUAAAAGGUUUCUACGCUGCUGCCACAACGCCCAUUGUGGGUACCAAUACAAGUACUGCUUAUGCUAUAGCGCAGUGUGUCGAGACAGUAACACCCGACAGUUGCAAAAGCUGCUUGCAAGAGGCAUAUGACAACAUAAGGAGCUGUGCUAAUGAUGUUACUGAUGGAAGGGCUGUUAAUUUGGGGUGUUUUAUGAGGUACUCUGACACUGCAUUUUUCAGCAACAACCAAACAAUUGACAUAGCUCCAUUGAUACGAGACGUAAGUUCAAGCAAUAAGGUAGGCAUUAUUGGAGGUGUGGUUGGAGGUUUAGGAGGUCUGAUCUUCUUGCUAAUAAUUGUAAUUUGGUGGUAUGGUCGAUCCAAAAGAACAAAACCCAAAGGGGCAACUGAAUUGCAAUAUGGCCCAAACGAUUAUAGCUACAGUCAUCUCCGAAAAGCGACAAAUGAUUUUGGGGACGAAAAUAAGCUUGGAAGAGGAGGGUUCGGAGAUGUGUACAAGGCAAUUCUUGAUAACAAAAAAGUUGUAGCGGUUAAGAAACUUAAAGUCGGAUAUGUUGGAGCAAAAGUAGAAUUCGCAAAUGAAAUCUUACUUGUAAGUCAAAUUUGUCAUCGUAAUCUUCUCGGGCUCCUUGGCUGGUGCAUUGAUGAUUCCAAUUUACUUCUCGUCCUGGAAUAUAUGCCAAAUGGAAGCCUUGACAAGUUUCUAUGGGGUGAAGGAAAGGGUAGCCUAAACUGGAAAAGAAGAUAUGACAUUAUCUUAGGGAUAGCUAGGGGUCUCGCCCAUCUACACAAGGAAUCCCAUGUUAGAAUUUUACACAGAGAUAUAAAAUCAAGCAACAUUCUCCUUGAUGAUGAUUUUCAACCAAAAAUAGCAGAUUUUGGAUUGGCAAGGUUUCAACCCGAGGAUCAAAGUCAAAUAAUCACCAAGUUUGUUGGGACAUUGGGCUACACAGCACCAGAAUAUGUACGAUAUGGUGUGUUAUCAGAUAAGGCUGACACUUACAGUUUUGGUAUCGUGGUUCUUGAAAUCGUUAGUGGCCGAACGUGUACUUCCCAAGGCAUUGAUGGACCAUCAACCAAUUUUCUCCUUGAGCAUGUAAGAUAUAAAUCAACACGGACCACUCUUUUCUAUUUCAUUAACUUAAAUUAA